AUGUCACGGCGGGUGGUUCCUUGGCAGGGGCUGCGCCAGCAGUCCGACGCGGUGGUGCUGCUGAUGCAGGAGCACCAUGCCAUGGACCGCGAUAGGCUGGCCACCUUGCAGCACACCAUGCUGGAUCACGGCCACGCGGGCGCGUGGGCUGCGGCCGCCGAGGGCGCCCAUGGGAGCGACGGCGCCUUUGGCUGCGCGGCGGUCCUGGCGCGAACCAACGUCGUCGUCACCAGCCCUCCUUUCCUGGACAGCCCUGUGUUGGCUGUGGCGCGCCUGGUGGCGGCUCGCGCGCACAAGGGAGUGGCUGGUGGCCUGGUUGCGGCGUCGCCUUGCCUGCGCGACAGCGUCGGUUGGAACGAGGAGAACCAGCGGCUCGCGAUGGCCCUCGUGCGCUACCUGGCCAGGCUCAACGCGGCGGGGCUGGACUGGGCCGCGGGCGGCGACUUCAACAUGUCGGCGGAGAGGUUUCCCACGCAGCCGGCGCGCGAUGCGCGAGGGCUGUGGGCCGCGCCCGACACGGCUACCCGCGGGCCGCGGGUCGGAGCGCGGCCCGCCAUCGACUACUUCCUGUUCGCGGCCAACCUGGCGACGCGCACGGGCAUGCCGCAGGUGUUCGAGGAGGGCACCACUUCGCCGCAUCUCCCCGUGGGGGUCACGCGUCUGUCCCAGGACCUCCCCAUGAAGGUCCGCGCGGCCCGAAUGCCGAGGCCCAUCGGGCCUGUCCCGCCCAUAGGCUGCAGCCGCGGGGUGGAGGACUGGCGGCGGCAGCUGGCCAAGGUGAGGCGCCGCCGAGAGCGCCGCGCAGCGCUGCCCGUCGCCGAGGACGCGGUGGUGGACACCAUCGAGCAAGUGCUGCUUGACCGCUACGAACACGUGGAAGCGGACAGGGCCAAAUACAUCGGCAGGUCUGGUGCUCUGGAGACGGCCCUCGUCGCUGUUGCGUGGAGGCCCCCUCGGCGCCGUGCCCAGCUUGGGCGGCGUGCGCCGGCGUGCCGCGCCGCGUCGAGGCGGGCUCGCCACGCGAUGGGAGCCGGGGCGUAUGCCGCCAAGGCGCUACGUCAACUCCAUGGGGCCGGCCUGCUGCGCGCGCUCGACAGCAGGCAACGCGGCAAGCUGGCGGAGUUCCUGCUGGAAGCGGGCGCAUACAUGCGGAAGAUUGUCGCGCAGCACCGCGGAACGCUCUCGCUGCCGCCGCACUGGGCGCAGGACUUCUUCCAGCAGCAGCUGCGCGUCCUCAAGUCGGAGGGCCUCGUGGAGCAGGCUGUCCGCGAGGCGCUCAAGAGCCAGCAGCAGGCAUGGGGCAAGUGGGCGAAUGAUGCCUUCAGACGGGGCGCUGGCCAAACACGCCGUUAUUCCAAGGUGAGGGACUUGCAGGAAGUCGUCUCCACCUGGCAUGGCGAGCAGCAGGAGGCGAGCCCCCAACGCGUGUGCGACCGCGAGAUGAAGCCGCGGGAGAAGGCGCGGCGGUGCCAUGGGUUGCAGCCGUCGAGCGUGCCUGGGGACGUCGGCGAGCGGGAGUCGAUGCCUGAGCUCACGGUCGAGCAGCUGAGGCAGGCGGCGCUCUCAUUCCCAUGCAGCACGGCCAUAGUGCCCGCCCAGAUCGGCAUGCGAUUCCUCAACUUCCUAUCGGACGAGGGCAUGUGCGCGUGCGCGCAGCUUUUCAUGCGCAUAGAGAGGCUCGGAACCUGGCCUGAGGGACGCAUCUGGCACGCCAUAUGUCGGCUGCCGAAGCCGUCGGGAGGAUGCCGACUCGUCCCCCUCAUGCACUCAUUGGUGAGGCGGUGGUCGCGGGCGCGCGCUGCGGUCUCCUGGGGCUGGCUACGGCGGCAGACCAGCGUGAACAUCUGGGGGCUGGGAGCUGGCAUGUCAUCGUCCGACGCGGCGUUCGACCUGAACCUGGAGACGGAGGUCGCGGUCAACCUCCAGGUGCAGGUCAUCACGGCCCCCAUGGGCGCCUGGAAGUUCUUCGAGGCGGUGGUCCCCGCAGCCCUGCUACAGGAGGCGCGGCAGCUGCGCAUGCAGAUGCCCCUGGCAUGGCUGCUCAUCGAGCUGCGCCGCCAGCCGCGUGGGCGGCAGGCGUUCGGCUCGGUCUCGUACGAAGCGGUUUCGGUCCAGGGGGGGCUUGCGGGAUGCGCGCAUGCGUGCGCGCUGGUGUCCGUGCUGCUGCAUCGCCUGCUGGAACGGACCCGCGGCAUGGGUGUCGCGCCGAGGGCGCUGGUGAGCGACGUCACGAUGCAAUGGGUCGGCGAGGCGGGCCGCCGCACCCAGUCGCCGUGGGCCGCCGCGCCGAGGGCGGAUCGCCGUGCUGCAGCGCGCCGCAGGACUCAAGAUGGCCUGCCGGUGGCGCGCAGGGCUGCCACCCAGCGCGGGCCGCGGGUCGCGGGGGCCACGGACGACAAGCCGAAGCGACUGAGGGCCGAGGCCAGACCUGCGGGGCCCACGGUGUACCUGGCACCCAGCACUGCGCCACCUACAACGUACAACCCCAUCUACGAAGCAACGGUGGCGCUCGUGGUCAUGCACGGGUCCAAUAUCAUCUGCGACCCCCGCGCCAUGGAGGAUUGGAUGGUACAUGAGCAGCAGAUUCAAGUUCUCACGGCAUCGCCGUCGGACCUCAAGGCUUUCCUGCUCCAGGGCAGCUCCGGCUUCGCGCGCUGCCCAUGCGCAGGCGGCAAGGGCGCGGAGCUUCCAGAAGGACCAGCCGCCACCAGCCUGGCGAUUCACUGGACGGGCACGCCGUGGACCAGGCAGCGGUUCCACGAGGUGCUCCCGGCGGACUCGGCGACGCGCCUGGCCCGCGGCGACGAGGCCGACACCCCUGGGCGCAGGCCCCACGGGGGCGAGGCACUGCUCAUGGCGCGGCAUGGCGAAGAAGAGCGGGCGGUCUUGCCCGAGAAGUUCCAGGAGGCGCCAGCGUCGCGCGUGGCCGACGUCAGGCUGCGGGGUGAGUGGCAGGGGCGAGCAGCGGAGCGGCGCGGUAAAUUUGCGUUCACAGAUGGCCCGAGUUUCGCCAGCAGCAUGCCCGAGAUGAGACGCCGCGGGCGGUCGGUGGUGCAGUUGGGAGCCAACGGGGCCCCAGGGCGCGCGGUCUUCGGCGCGCUGCCUGGCCCGCUCCAGACAGCGGGGCGCGCCGAGAGGCACUCCGUCCUGCAGGCGGUGCGUCUCCUCGGGUCGCAGGUGGAGUUCACCGCCGCGCACUUGCCGGCGCUGGCGCGCGAGGCGAGCGGAGUCUGCGCCGCCAGCCACCGCCCCAGCGCGUUCUGGAUCCCAGCCCACAAGAACGCACAGGGCGGCCUGGAGCUGGACAUCCACCCGAUGCUCUACACGGGCAACACGCGGGCGGACUUUUUCGCCAAUCAAGGGACGACGCAGCACGCGGUGGCCCAGGUCUACAUCGACGCACGCGGGAUCGAGGCGCAACGCUACAAGAAGGUGGCGGCCUACAUCGGUUUGGCCACGCAGCGGUGCCCACAGCUCGGCGGGCGGCAGCAGCCUGCAAGGGCGGCGCCGCCGCCACCUGCAAGACCAUGCGCGCGAGUGACGGUGGUGGAGCACGCGCUGGUGCACGCGGGCGGCCGCCGUGGGCUGCUGCGCAGGGAGUGCGUUAAGUGA